GUGGAACAUUGAGAGAUGUUCUUUGAAUAUUCUUUGUUUAUUUUACAACCAGCCUGUUUGGAUUUUCACCGAGCAAAAUUAGCAGGCCAUUCCAAGAAAUCACCUUUUGUGCUCUUUGUCAAAAUGGGAUGUGAUGGUGGAACUAUUCCUAAAAGGCAUGAGUUGGUGAAAGGCCCAAAGAAAGUUGAGAAGGUUGACAAAAAUGCAGCGCUUGCUGCUCGGUGGAAGUAUUGUGCUCUCAGCACGGAGAAACUCCGGAGCCCAAUUGUUACUUGUGAUCUGGGAAGACUUUAUAACAAAGAUGCCGUGAUUGAAUUCCUUCUGGAUAAAUCCGCAGAUAGACCCAACAGCGAGGUUGUAUCACACCUUCGUGGCAUUAAGGACAUAAAGGAGCUGAACCUGACUGACAACCCAGCCUGGGAAGGCGAGAGGAGGAACACCAAAGGGGACCGCUACGAGGACAUGCACUGUGCCAUGUUCAUCUGUCCUGUGGUGGGCCUGGAGAUGAACGGCAAACAUAGGUUCUGUUUUCUGCGUACCUGUGGUUGUGUGUUUUCCGACCGGGCCCUGAAGGAAGUCAAGACUGAGAUAUGUCACAAGUGUGGCGACCCGUUCAAAGAAGAAGACCUCGUCGUCCUCAACGGGACCAAGGAGGAGGUGGAGAAACUGAGGAAGAUAAUGGAGGAGAAGAGAGCCAAGGCCAAGGCAACAAAGAAAUCAAAGAAGAGCAAAUUUGCUGAGGCUGUUUCCAAGCCAUCAGAGUCAAAAGAAAAUCCAGACUCCAGCGAAACCGUUUUUGCAGAGGGCAAAACUUCAACAGAAAAUGGAGAAGAGCGCAGCCAGCCAGCAGUCCCUGGGCCCUCUGGUUCUUCCAGCUCCUCCAAGGUGAUCAAACCCUUGGCGGCAUCCGGAAGCUUGGCGGAAUCCGGGAGCAAGAGGUCCAUCCAGUCCAUGGAAGAGAAGUCGGAGACGUACAAAUCUCUCUUCACCAGCCACAGUUCAGCCAAGCGCACCAAAGCCCAGACAUCCAACUGGGUUACCCACACCCCCUACCACUUCUAAAUGACCCCACCACCCCUUUAAAUAACCCUUUAUUUGAAGGGUACCUAAAAAAAAAAUAUAUAUAUUAUAAUCUAUACUUAAUGCAUUCAUGAGCACAUGACCGUUUCAUAAAUGCUUAUGUCAACAACGGCAAGUUGAAAUAUGCAGUAUAAGUGCACAUUUCUGUGACAAAGGGAAUAUCAACUUGCUACUGCUUAUGAAUGUGUUGUAUGUAGGUGGAGCCCUUGUGGUGGUGUCAUUUUAAUAAAGUGUUACUGAAUUAGACAGAUUACUUUUUCUUGUAGGUAUCCUUGGCUCAGGCUGGUGAAUCAAUACAUGUGCUAUAGGUUAGGGUUACUAAUUCUCCUUUUCCUUUUUCUAUGAAUUGGCUGUAUUAUAUGUUGGUCUUAUCUAGGUUAUCUAUCUAGUUGUUUUUUUUAUAGAUGUGGAUUACUAUGAUUCAUCUUUAGAUUAUGGUUUGCUAUGCAAUAUAUUAUAAAAAUGUUUAGAAAUUAUAUUACAAGGACUUAGUUUAUAGAAAGUGGAAUAGUGAGUUUCCUGCAUUCUAGCUGUUUGGGGUUUUAGGCUGGGUCUCUGUACAGCACUUCGAGACAUUAGCUGAUGUACGAAGGGCUAUAUAAAAUAAACUUGAUUGAUUGAUUGAUUGUUUAUUCAAAACAUCUUAUUGCUUAUGUAAGUAAACAGUGUUUAUACUCUAUUGACAUCUCCUCCAAAUAACUUGUCAGCAAUCAAAAUAUAGAUUGAUAUAAACAUUUUAAUGUUCAUAUUUGAUUUUUAUUUAAACGGAUACCCUUUAAAUACUUUUCCCAUGCAUGUUUGUUCAACCCUCAACCCAAACAAUGUCAAAAUAAAGUAUUUUUUCCUUAAAAA